AUGGAUGCCGUGUCGAUGCUGGAGGUCGACUUCAAGCUCGUCUUGCUGACCUUUGCCGAGGCCUGUUUCGCCCCUUCUUCCUCGCCCUUUGCAUGCGACUGCUGCGAGACUGGCGAGGUGACGGUGGCCGUCGGCGUGACGAAGGGAUCCUUGAAGGAGACGGCGCUGGUAGGUGCUGCACUCGAUUCGGUGCUAUCCUGCCUCUGCGUCGUCGUCUUUGUUGUCGUUGUCGUUCUUCUCGCUGGCACUUCAGAAGCAGCAUGGGAGGCUGUGACAACGCCCAAGCCGCGCUCGGUAGUCGGCACUUCCUCAUCGCUCGUCUUCGCCUCGCCAAUGACGCUCAGCUCCUUUUUGUGUGUCGCGCCGACGUGGACGCCGCCCUACGACCGCCAAAAGGGCAAAGAAGAGGAGGAUGAUGGGGAUGAGGAGGAGAAACCAUCGCGAGUCAAACGAGCCUUCGCUGGCGCUGCCCGCUCGGCCGCCAUCGCUGUUGCCGCCCCCGCCAUUCUGCUCUUGUCGUUUUGCGGGUCGGCGCAGACUCACAAAGAGAAGAAAGGCGAGAUCGAUGGCCGUUCGGUGCUGUUGCUACUAGAGAUGGGGGAGGGACGAAAGACGGGACGGAGGGACUGGCUUAGUGUCGCCCUGAGCUUCGAAGGGGAAUUGACCAACACCCGCUUGCACAUUUGCUGCCUGGUCCCAUUGGGAACGGGCGACACAGAGCAGUGGCCGAAGACUGGCCCGGCAGAACCGAAAAGCUGAAUUAGCCAUGCGCUGAACGAGUCGUAGCUAGUGUAGCAGUGCAGUGGAACUGGUAUCUAAGAACGUCCCGAAGUGCACUUUGCGUAGAGUGAACUCGCUAAGCUCGUACGGGGAG